AUGUGCCGCUCCUUCUACCGCGCUCUGGCCGCCAUUACGCUAGCGGUCGCGCUCUCCUGCAUCUCCGCGUCGCCCUCCGAUGUCUCCGAGGCUCGAGCGUCUGACGCGAUCGCGCCACCAUCGCCGCUCGCUGAGGCGUUGCGACGUGUUCAGACUGAUAAUGCGGCCGUGCGUGACCUGAGCUAUGCCGCACUAUCGCCACUGGUUCCGCGUGCUGAACGCCGUGAUGCGCUGGUGCAGCUGGGCGACAUGUACUUCUACGGGAACAGUUCUCUGGACACGAGCGUUAACGGCACUCUGGCCUUGGGUCUGUACGCCGAGGCAGCGGCUCUGGGUGCGCCCAGAGCGCAGUUCCAUGUGGGCGUGGCUCUGAGCUACGGACUCUGGGGAUUCCCGCUUGACGAAGCGGCCGCCAUGUCACACUACUACUUCGCUGCUCUGGGCGGAGAUAUUGGAGCUGCUAUGGCGCUCGGACACAACCACCUGCUGGGCCUUGGAGCCCCGAAGAAAUGCGAGUCGGCCGUCCGCUACUAUGAAGUGGCGGCCAAUGAGGCUGUUGCGAAAAGAGAACAGAAUGUCAGCCAUCCGGCCAUCUACGACCUGCCACAUCGUCGUCUCAAGACUGUAGCGGAGACGCAGCACAAAAAGAAUUUGCCUGGCGACAGCGCGAUUGUAGACUACUACCAGUUCUCGGCAGACAAGGGCGACCCGGACGCCACGCUCAACCUGGCAACGCUGUACUUUUACGGCGCUCGUGGCCUCGCACAAGACGUGGAACGCGCAGCAACACUCUUCCAGAAAGCCUAUGACCUGGGAGCUAGUGGAGGAGCUUACCACUUGGGACACAUCUACAGUCUUGGCAUUGGCGUCCCACAGAAUAACGCCACGGCGUUCAAGUACUUGCAGGAGGCUGUGAAUGAAGGGAACACGGCAGCACAGAAUGAACUGGCGAACAUGUAUUUGCUGGGGAAAGGCAUUGAACGAGAUGAAGAACAGGCAGUGUCUCUUUUUAAGGCUGCAGCCAAGCAGGGCAGCAUGGAGGCAUUUUACAAUCUGGGGGUUCUACAUAUGCGAGGUGGUGGGUCAACGGGCGCUAUCCUCGCCACAGAGCACCCCGAAUACGAGAUGAGUCUGCACGGUAUCGGCACAACUCGCUCUUGUAAAAAUGCUGUUGAGUCGUUCAAAAUGGUGGCAGAACGUGGCGAAUGGGAUCGCGUGCUCACUCAGGCAUACCGAGACUUUAAACGUCAGGACUACGAGGCGUCUUUCAUGAAGUAUGCCGUUAUGGCUCAGCAAGGCUACGAAGUCGCACAGCACAACGCUGCGUACUUACUCGACUAUGAUUUCCUGACCCCGUCGGUGUUUUCGCCCAUGCUAUCGCUGACUCCUUCGGACAUGGAGCUUAAGGAGGAUGUGGUAGCCUCGACUGCUGUCAUGCUCUAUAGGCUGGCAGCGCAGCAGGGCAACGUAGAUGCCAACCUGAAGAUCGGGGACUACUACUACUUCGGGAAGGGCGGCCACCCCGUGGACUUCGUGAAGGCAAGUGCGCAUUAUUCUCUCGCCAGUAAGCGCUCCAAUGCGCAAGCCAUGUUCAACCUCGCGCUCAUCUCACAGUGA